UCCAUGAUUUAUAGGUUGACUACAUUGUAUUAAUUACCAGAAAAGUUGAAUUAGGUUUUCAUUUACAUUUCAUUUCAGUUGUGUGUAUAGAGAUCUUAAUGGAAUAUCUCGCUUGCUUAAUGUUUCAAUUAAUGAACAAAAUCAUGAAUAUUUGCUACUGAAGCUGAAAUUUUUGCUGCUCUGUUACACACAAACACACACAUACACACACACAGUGUUUUAGGAAUUUCAAGGUGAGAGAAAAAUUUAAUGAGCUGUUAAUUAGAAAAGUCUUCCAAUUAAGAGUUCGAUGAGAUGACAGAAAUGGAAGUGAAGCACAGGACAGUGAAAACUCCAGCAUUUAAGGAGGAUUUAUUUCAAAAUGAAAUUAAUUUAUUGGACAGUUCUGGGAAAAUUCAUGUCCGAAACUUACCAUAUUAUUUUGAGACGUUUAGUCAGCAGCGUCCAAUGGUUUUAAACACAUCUAGUGACCAAUUAGUGUCAGGGUAUCAGGAUGGAAGCAGACCUUCCAGACUGGCUGGUCCUUCUGGCUUACAUAUGAAGGCUCUGAAAGCAAGAUCAGCAGGCACAUCAAGGAGGAGUGGGGAGUCGUAUUACAGUCAAUUGGAUUCUGGUGUUUCUGAAAGAAACAAGCGGAACAAAGAUACAAUACCUGUCACCAGUAGAAGUGAAUGUACAGCAUCAACACCACAGAAACAGUCAAGUUAUGACACAUUUUUAAACUAUCUUGUGUGGAAAAUGGGUCAUAGACCAGAGUUACAGAAAAAUGCCAGGCAAUUGAUUGUGCUGAAAAGUGAACCGGAUCUUCCAGACUUUGUUUAUCCUAAAGACUUACAUCCCAAAAUAUUUUGGCGUGAUGUCAGGCAGCCCUUGGACCGAAUGUCACGUAAAUCUCUAAGAUCAGAUUAUGGCCAGAGAAAUUUUUUACGCUCUCAGAAUUCGAAGAGAACAGUCGUGCCAAGUUCUCCAGCAGCUACUUUGGCCACAGAUAAAAAUAUGGAUUUUGAAACCAACCAAAUUCUGAAAGAACAUUCUGGAACUGGUACAAGUGAGAACAAAGAACAGAAACGUAAAUCUCGUCAUUCUGGCGGACGAAAGAAAAAAUCCAGAAAAACAUCGAAACGAAAAAAGAACUCAAAACAUGGGAAACAUAAAGAGAAUGACUUCCAUGAUUGCAAAGUUCUUGACACGGAUUCAGAGAGUUCUUCUGAAGAUGAUGGUAAUACAAGUGAUGCCAGUGUUGAAUCUUGCGGAAAAAAUAUGAAUAAGAAUAGGAGACCAAAGAAAGAGAGAAAAGUGAUUCCAGGUCAAAGACAAGCAAGAGAUGAAGAAAUGGAAGAAGGCCAUCAAAUGGAAAAGGAGGAAAAAGAAAAUGGUAAGAAUGAAGAGGAUGGAAACAAGAUGGAAAAAACUUCUAGCUUUGAGUUUGGGAAAGAGAUUCCUGCUUUACCAGGUUAUAAACUUGAGUCAAGGAUGCCACAGAGACUCUCCACAAGAAAGAGAUCAGCUUUGUCUCCAUUGAAGAGAAAUAAAACUGAGUCUGAGAAAAUAACAGAACCAGAAAGAAGGAUGUUUAGUUCUUCCAAAUUCAUGAGAACAGAGAGGAAAAAUGAUAAAGAGAAUAUGCAAUCUUGGCUUAAAGAACAACUUGACUUUAGUUUGAAACCUUGUCGCUUUGAGUUACCUGUUGACAGUCGACAACUUGAAGCUUCAAGUCCUGAAGAGUAUUUAAGAACGUACUGCAUUGUUACAUCUCAAUUCCACAGUCUUUACAAAACUGUCUUCAAGAAAUAUCAGAUUCCUGCCACGUUAAUGAUAGAAUAUAAGAAUCUUGAAGUUGCUUUACGAGAUGUUGCUGUAAACAGUUUUAGUGUUGAGAAGCUAAAGAUAAUUGGCAGCCUCGUUAACCUUAAUGAGACUUCCACUAUUGAUUAUAAACUAUUUGCUGGAAUGGCAGCAUUAGCAGAACGACUCACAGACUCCAGCAUUAAAAGCUUGAAGCAAUCUGAAUUAUUCCAAGAUGGAAAUGUGAAGAAAGAAGGAAUUGAAGUAGCAGAUUUCUCAGCUUUGGAUUGGAAAUUUAAAGAUAUUGACAUUAACAAAAACAUGAAACAACUUUUGAGAAUUAUUGCUCUUUAAACGGCAAGAAUUCAUCAAUUUCUCUUAAAUUGGUAAAUUUCUUGGUUUCAAAUUUUGGCACAAAACCAGCAAUUUUGGGUGGGUGGUGGUGUAAGUCGAAUGCAUCACCCCCACCCCCACCCACGUGUUCAACUGGUCCUUAAUUUAUUGGUCCUAAACGGAUGAAAGGCAAAGUUGACCUUGGUGGAAUUUGAACUUAGAUCAUAUAGGUAUGAAAUGCUGUGAAGCAUUUUGCCUGAGUGUGCUAACAAUUCUGCCAGAUCACCACAUUAAAUUAAUUAAUUUAUCAAGAAACUACUAACAGGGUUCUUGAUUUAGGCAUAAGGCCAGCAAUUCCAUUGAUCCCAGUAUUUGACUGGUACUUUAUUUCAUUGAGCCUGAAAAAACAAAGUUGACCUUGGUGGGGUUGGAACUCAGAGAAAUUAAUCAUGUUAAAGAAUUUUAAAAUUGUCUGGUUCAUUAUGAAUGAUAAGUGAUCAUUUACCAUUUAUAUUUCUUAAGUUUGUCUCAACAGAUUUUCUAUAGAAUUUACAGCCAACACUGAAAGUCAUGAUGUUUCAUUAUGUUUGGUGCUGGUUCUGACUUUGAUAGAAUAUCUGUAGAGAUACACUUGAAAUGAAAACAACACACUGCAAACAUGUGGGACUAUGCUAUGGUUGCAAAACGGAAUAUGGUGUCCCUGUGAACAAUUAAUAUGUACUUAGCAUUUAUAAUGAGAUAGAAUUAUAUUUUCAAACAUUUAAUAUCUUCUGUGUCAUUCUGAAUACGAUUGAAGGUGACUAUUCUUAAAGAAAUAAAACAGAAAAACAAGAAAUUAUAAAAUUGAAGAAAAUGAUUUUGAAGAA